AUGCUGGUCACCCAACCUUUACACGCCGACGACGUGCCGCCCGGGGCGUGCUACGAGCUCAAAGCACCGUUGAAGGAGGCGCCCCGACCGGUCGGCGGAUGGGACGCCAGGCGCAUCGCCGACUUUGCACUGUUUGCGACGCUUGCGGCGAGCGGUGCGGCACACGCCAUCUACACUGCCAUGCAGGAAGCGAAUGUGACGGACAUUGCGACCGACAGCGCGACUUUGCACGGCCGGCUGCUUGCGGGCAUGGCGCCCCACGCCGGUGCAGAGGCAGAUAAGGAGACUUUCCACGCACUCGCGGGCAGCAUCGGUCUCAUGCUCUUCGAUGCCGCGCUGCUGCCCUUUGUGCUCGCCACGUGGGCCGCGCUGCUUGGGCUCGGCACCCGGCGCGCCAAGGACGUGACGCGCGCCGCUAUCGCGCUCGUGUUGCUCGUGCUUGCCUUGCUCUUCCGCUCCGACACGGAGCCGGUUACGCGUGGCGAGCUGUUCGAGCUCGCAUUUAUCGUCGGCACCGUGCACUUUGUCAACAAUCUCCUCAUGCUCGAGGACGACCCGGAGGCGGACGUCGCGGCGCUCGUGCGUAAGUACCGUCGCGCGCUCAGCCUGGCGGGCACGGGCAUCGCGAUGGGCUACUUCUUCAACUUUGUGCUGCCCAUCGUGCGCGCCAUCGACGGCGGCAGGAAGCGCUUGCCAGGCAGCGCAGCUGCCACACCAUUGCCAAUCAUGCUGGACGGCAAGAAUGAGGCGCUUCGCGGCUCAUGCGCGCUCAACAUCCUCAUCCCGCGCGAUCUGCCCGACGCGUAUCUGCGCGACGCGAUCCGCAAGCUCGCCAGCCCGAGCGGCACGAUUAUCGGCGACCAGAGCUUCCGCCCGAUGCCCGUCACCUUUUUGCCGCUCACGGAUGGCAUCACGGAUGGCAUGUUCGACAUCCCCACGGCGGUUAACGCGCUCUAUCAGCGCCGGUGCCACCAGAAGGAGCUCGACGAGAAGGACGAGAAGGCGAUGGAGGAAGAGGACCCGGCCUUCAAUGAGCAGGCCUUCAAUGCCGUGGAGCGCCAUAUUUCCGCUGCGAUGAACUGUGCGCAGCAGCGACUGAGCCGCCUUCCAGUGAUUUCACGCUCCCUCCUGGCGAGCCUGCGGCGCGACGACGUGGCGGGCGCGAACACGGCGACCGCGGGCGCGCCGGUGGACACAUCGGAGGUGUCGCUCGCCUUCGAGUUGGCCGAUUUUGCAAACGCCCUCAUCGGCCUCAUCGAGCGCGACCCGCUCGCACGCAAGCACGUGCGCGUGUGGUCCGUGCCGCCGCCACCCUUUGACAUGCAGAUGAUUGCUGGCCUGUGCCGCGCGUGUGACGACACUCCAUUGCCGAACGAGGACAACAAUUACAAGAGUGCCAUGGGCAGGAGGGCGAUGCUGUGA